UGAGUGGCGCCACCUCCGGUCCUUUCCUCCAGCAGGUGUUCCUAAUUGGACUGAGAUCAUGAGGCAGCAGAGCUGCAGCCUCAGUUAAAUGCCUGAACGGUGUUCUCCUCAUCAUGGUUCUGCUGCUCCUGCUGCUCUGCGCCCGUCAGACGGUCCAGAGCCCGAACCGAACCGCCCUGCUGCAGCACACCUACCUCAGCCUGCCCAUGUACCUGGACUGGGCCCUGCCGUUGAUCCGGAAGGACUUCUUCUCCCCGGCCAGAGGCAGCGGGCAGGGCGGCUUGCCGCGGCCGGUCCGGGAGCUGCUGCUGCCGGUGUGGCCCCGCGCCGGCGGCCCGCCCAGCGUGUCGGGGGCCGCCGUGAGGACUUCCUGUGAGCGCAACCGGAUGCAGCUGCAGGUGGAGCGGAGCGUCCUGGGCUCCGGGGAACCGGGCUCUCACCUGAAGCUGGGGACCUGCGGGGUCAGCAGGUCCACUGAGGAUCACCUCUACUUCGAAUAUGAUCUGCGCAUGUGCGGAACCAAGCGUACCAUGAUCAAUAAUCGGAUGGUUUACUUCAACAUGCUGCAUUAUGACCCUCUGAAGCCAAAAGGACCAAUCAGACGAGCGGCGCCGUUCAGCGUGCCGGUGGCUUGUUCUUUUAACAGGUUUGUUUAUUCGUAUAAAGUUGGAUACUCUCCUAAGGUGCAGGUGAAGAAGUUCCUGAAAAAAUUGAAGAACGUGACUAAAUUCGUUCUGACUCCAAGAAACGCCCAGUGGAAGGAGCUUUCCGGGUCGGAUCACUUUCUCCUCGGUGAGCCCGUGUUCUUCGCCGCUGAGGCUCAGUCUUUGUCCAGAGAUGAGCGACUCUACGUCCUGUCCUGCUACGUGACUCCAGAGGAGUCCCCCUCCUCCACGCCUCAGUUUCCAGUCAUAACUAACUUUGGAUGUAUGGCUGAGAGUAAGAACAGCCGCUCCAGAUUCAUCCCACACGAAAACGACGCCGUCAGGUUUUCUGUCGAUUCCUUCGUCUUUAAGGGAGAGACGGGUCGGCUCUACAUGCACUGCAGCAUGUUGGUGAGCAGUUCAGAACCAACACCAACGGCAAAGUCCUGCAACUAUGACACCAAAACCAGAAGGUGGGUGGAGCUGUUUGGGUCCAACUCUGUGUGCGACUGCUGUGAUUCCAGCUGCAGCUCAGAUGAAUCUGCAGAGACUGAAGUCAUCAGCAGAACGUCGUGGAUCCUAAAUGAAAUGGAGGAGAAGGACGAGGACAUCUUUGAUUUUUGACUUAAAUUAUUAUUGCAUUUGCAAAACACA